AUGAUGCUGCGAACCAAAACGGCCGCGCAGUUACUGCUGUUGGGAUCAUCGGCCGGUGGUCCCAAUUUCAGCUUGGUGGGAGCGGUGGACACGGCGAAGGAGCAGUAUGAAUUGCAAAAAUGUCUGGGUCUGGAAGAUUGGAGCUUGUCAUGCUAAAACCAAAUCAUGCAAAAAUCAAAAUCUGUGUUGCAUGACUGCCAAAAGCUGUCCUCUUUCGACCAAGUUGGGAGGGAGUUUCUCAUGCAGGAUAGGCAUGACAUAGUCAUAGAUCUCACAGACUCUGUCAUGCUAGGUCCUGCAUUCCAAACCUCAUGGGGCAUGGAAAAUAUGCAUGAGAAGUUUGCAUUCUUCCAGACCCAGACAUAUUUGCAUUUGAUAAGCAGAACCGCGAAUCCAUGUUGAACAAGCAGAAGGAAGGCUGCACCCCCGAAGCGAAGAACGAAGCAAAAACUGCCCCUGCUGCUGCUGCUGGUCCCUACGCUGAUUUGACGUGCGAGGAAUAUGACAAGCUUCCGGUGCUGGCCAAAGUGAGCGUGCAGUGCGACAGCGGGGCUGCGUUUUAUCGAGACGCAUCGAAAAUUGCGAAGCUUAUCCUGCCGAAAUGAAGUCUUGACGCUAAAUAACAAGCCUUGACGUGGUGGUCGACCAGGGUGGUCGCAGCUACGCUGUGCGGUGCAUGAUUAUAAAACAAAAAACAUAAAACUACAGCAGCAGCAAAUAAGCGCAAGAACUGGUACCCCAUUUUUACAGCAUGAUGACUAUUUCAUGUGAACAAGAUAGAAUAGUACAUAGACAACAUGCAAAUCAUGUAUGUAGUCUGUCUCUUUCUGUUUGUUUGUAGUGCUCGCAUCAGAAGACCAACAUCAUCGUCCGGAGCAGAAUGGGCGCUCAAGGCUUAGCAGCGUUAUUUCUUUAUUUUCGGAUAAGGUCGGGUCGAGUCGAAGAGGUCAAGAAGGCAUGCUGCAAGAUCGCCGAAGGUCCAGGCGGGGGUGCCUCCUUUCUCCAGCUAUUCGAAGAAAAAGUUCCCCAACCCCUCAGGAUUAGAUAAUCUGCGACGCUGGAAUUAUGUUGGUGUUGCACGCAAAAGAACUUGUCGUUGUUUCACGACCACGGCGGUGAAGUAUUGGGAUUUGCGUACUACACAAAUUAGCUUUGUCUUGCAGCAUUAAAGGACUGCAAGUAGAUCAUCUCAAGGUCAAGCCUGGGCACGGAUGUUCUAUGUAUCCGGUGUAGGUUCUUAGCAUGAAGACAGUUUGAGCCUAUGCUGUGCAAACCGCGUGCAUGAUUAUGCGGCGGACUCUCUACUGUCUCUGAAAAAUGUCGCGCUGCCCUCUUGGAAGACAGGCGCGGCCACAAAUCAGCAUCGAAAAUCCUCAGAAGCAUACGCACCUUUCCAAAAUGGGGAUGUCGGGGGAUUUUUCCCCACGAUAGGACACGGCGAAGAAGGGCCCAGAAGAUGACAACAAGAAGGACGGCGGGGACGGCAAGGGCUGCUGUGGUGGGGGAAAGGAUGACGACAAGAAGACUGGCGCGGCCUCGUUUCUUUUGACGGCGAAGAAGGGCCCAGAAGAUGACAACAAGAAGGACGGCGGGGACGGCAAGGGCUGCUGUGGUGGGGGAAAGGAUGACGACAAGAAGACUGGCGCGGCCUCGUUUCUCCUGACGGCGAAGAAGGGUUCAGGAGAAGACGAGGAGAACAAGAAGGGCGAGGACGGCAAGGGCUGCUGUGGUGCUGCUGCUGGGGAUGAAAAGAAAAACGGUGGCAAGACUGGUGCGGCCUCGUUUCUCCUGACGGCGAAGAAGGGUUCAGGAGAAGACGAGGAGAACAAGAAGGACGGCGGUUGCUGUGGGGAGAAAGCGGACGGUGGGAAGACGGGGGCCCCCAAGGCUCGGGCCUCGUCCAGCAGCACUUCCUUUGUACAAGUCUGAACUGGGAAGAACCUGAUGAACCGUGCUUACAAACGCGGCAAGCUUCUUUUCGAAGUGCUUCGAACGUUCUGUUUUCCCGGCGAGGUGAACGGGACUCUCUGGGAGGAGGAGGUCUUCCUGACGCAUGAUCCUGACUGGCAGGAUUGUACGGUAGAGGAGUUUACAACUUUUCAAGUGUAAGAAAAUUGUUAUGUUGAUUGCAGCGAAAAUGAAAAUCAAAAUUUUACGUAAGUGAAGAGUACCAGUAGCGUAUUUGUGGUUCUUUCUAUGAAAUGUGAGAGUGUUCGAGCCAACAAGAACAUUUUUACCUGCGUAUAAAUAUUUAUUCGUUUUCUUCUUUCAAAAAGUGCUGAUCUUGUGAAACUUUGUUUUCCACACAUAAAAUUAAUCGAUCUUUUGCUUUUCUUUUUGGAUUUUGCACCUAAUUAAGUAACUCAGUACAUUCCUCCUCUGUUAUGUUUGCCGUACAAUACGAAUAACAUUAACAAUUCUAUGUUACAUGAACUGAAAAUGAUUUACACAUUUGCUGUUGCAUGGGAAUUUUUAGAUUCUCAUGGUAUAAUUUUGCGUCUGUUUCGAGGAGCAAACAGAAACAGACGAGGUAGUGCCCUAAAUAAAAACCCAUCGACGACAAGAUCAAGAAACAGUGAAGUGCUAGCACUUCGUAGAAGUACCAAAAAAUGGUACAAAGGCAACCACGAUGAGCACCACAUGUUAUCUUCUUC